AAGGAGUACUUCAUGAGUUGUUAGUCGGUUUUAGUAUGGUCCUCUGGCCUGGUUAAACACUAUGGUCACGGUAGUAAAUUGCGGCGAUGAAUCGUACAAUUCCAUUGUUUCGCUCCCAAUGGAGUCGACUUUAAUUCGGCAUCAAUAGUGUGACGAUGCAAUAGUCGUGGUCGGAGUAUAUGUACUUGAAUGUAUUUCCUGGGGUUCUUGGCCAUUGUUUUUACCAUUUGACUCUGCCUUCCUCUCUAGGUGAACCUUACGCGAUGGACCCAUGGAUUAUUCGAACGACAGUUAUUAUGUUAUUCAUCUGCUGCUGCCAGCCAAAGAGGGACCGGACGCUAUUCUGUUCUGCUUGCCAUGCAAUUAUAGAUGAAUUGACUCACUCAAUCGACCAGGUGGACCCAAAGCAAACCAUUAAUAUUGGCAGCUUUAGACUCAAUCCUGAUGGAAGCAUGAAAGACAAAAAGGUACCUCUGGCUCGUUCUGAGACUCACCUCAGUGAGCUCUUGGAUGGAGUUUGUCAUUCCAUGAGUGACUAUGCCCUCUACGUGGACCCCGACACCCAGAAAAAACAGUACAUGAGAUUUGUGCCUAGGAGCAGUGGCUCCACUGGAGACUUCCCCGAUCUUGAAAAUUUCCAGUUCGAUGGACCUGAAGUUCCCAGUGGCCUAAAAUUCACAUGUGAAACUAUCGUAGAAGAGCUCGAGGAUGAUAUCAUCGCUCUUUUCAGCCAGAACUCACAGGACGCGCACAAUGAGUUAUGCAACAAUGUCUCAGACUACUGUAAAGACACCAGUAACACAGAUAAGGAGUUAUGAUUUUUUAAAAUGGUGUGGUGUGACCAACUACAAUUCAAUGAAUUGAGAAAUUGGGUUUAUUUCACAAAAUGGACUUCUGAAAAAUAAAAACUAUUUUGUGAACAUU